AAUAGCAGUUUGAAGCGAACACCGGUCCGAGUUAACCCAAACGGGUGACCCGACCCAUCAUUGUACGAGUAGAAUCAGGGUUUCAAUUUUCUUUCACAACGCAUUCACAGUCACAGCAUCAUCUUCAGGCAAAAACACAAACACGCAUAAACCAAACUCUUCUUCUUUUUCUUCUCCGCCGCACGCAUAAUCUCCGCCGCAACCCCACCGGAAACGCAACUCAGACGCACGCAACUUCAUCAGAGUUGAAAGAGAGAUGGGAAAGAAAAACAAAGCGAUGAGAGAAAAUAGCGACGGCACUAUAAAACAAAGCCCCUUAACUCUUUUCGUUUCAAAUUUACCCUAUUCUUUUACAAAAGAUCAGCUUGAAGAAACUUUCAGUGAAGUUGGACCUAUUAGACGUUGUUUCAUGGUUGCACAAAAGGGGUCUGACCAACAUCGCGGUUUCGGUUAUGUUCACUUUGCUGUUGAGAAAGACGCUAACACUGCUGUUGAGCUGAAGAAUGGUUCAUUAGUUGGUGGCCGAAAAAUUUCAGUGAAGCACGCGAUUCCUCGUCCACCCCGUGAAAAAAAAUCAAAACCAGAUCAAGAGGGCAAGAUAGAUGAUCUCACAGAGUCAAAAAAUGAUGAUAAAGACAAUGGAUUAUCUGCAGUAGAGAAGUCUGUUUCAGUUCCAAAGGAAGAAUCAGUUCCAAAGGAAGAAGGUUAUGAUUUUGUUAAUGUGCAUUUGAUUAGCUUUACAAGCUGCUCAUUUAUAUAUUUAUUGCUUUUUCUUAAUAUCAUAUUUUCAUUUCUUUUAGAAGUGAAAGUUUUGAAUAAACCGAAAAAUUCAAGGAAGCCCGUGGAAAUAAAAAAAGCAGCUCUUUGUAAUGACGCAGCAGAUGAGGGGGGUGGCUCAGAAAAGCAGAAGGUUGCUAGGACUGUUAUAUUUGGUGGUCUCAUUAAUUCUGCUAUGGCUGAAGAUGUUCACCGCCAAGCCAGAGAUAUUGGAACUGUGUGUUCUAUCAAGUAUCCCCUUUCAAGGAAUGAUCUUCAGCAACAUGGUCUGCUGCAAGAUGGGUGUACUUCAGAUGCUUCAGCUGUACUAUAUACAAGUGUAAAAUCAGCUCGUGGUUCCGUUGCAAAAUUGCAUAAAAAAGAGAUAGGAGGUGGAACUGUUUGGGCACGACAGCUUGGCGGUGAGGGCGCCAAGACUCAGAAAUGGAAGCUUAUUGUCAGAAACCUUCCUUUCAAGGCCAAAGAAAAUGAAAUAAGAGAUGCAUUUUCAUCUGCGGGGUCUGUAUGGGAGGUAUUCAUUCCACAGAAGUCCGACACAGGUCUUUCAAAGGGUUUUGCAUUUGUAAAAUUCACCUGCAAGCAAGAUGCUGAAAAUGCCAUUAAAAAACUCAAUGGAUCAAAGUUUGGGAGUCGUCUCAUAGCUGUUGACUGGGCUGUUCCAAAAAAGAUAUUUAGUAGUGAUACCAAUGAUGCUCCUGCUUCAGAGGAAGGACAACAAAAGGUGACAGAUGAAGAUGAUAGUACUACUACUGAGGAUGAUGUUGAGCAUAGUGACGAACAAUCUGAUCAUGGAGAUGAUAGUGAUGUUGAUGGUGUUGUGGAGGAAGAUGUUCCUUCUGAAGAUGAUUUUGACAAGGAAGCAGACAUUGCAAGAAAGGUUCUUAACAACUUGAUUGCGUCCUCCUCUGCCAAAGACGUGUCUGCAAAUAACGAUUCUACAUGUUCUGAAGAAAAUAAGGAGCCAAAAUCUAACGAAACUGUUAAGGGCGCAGAUAGUAAAGCAUCUAAAGAGUCUGACAAGGUUUUUGCUAUUUCUAAGCCCGGGACUUCCAGCAAGUUAUCUAAUCCUAAGGAAACAGAAGAUGAUUUGCAAAGAACAGUUUUUAUAAGCAAUAUUCCCUUUGAAUGCGAUACUGAAGAAGUGAAGCAACGGUUUUCUGCAUUUGGAGUAGUAGAAUAUUUUGCUCCUGUUCUCCACCAAUUGACCAAGCGUCCACGAGGGACUGGUUUUCUUAAGUUUAAAACUGUGGAAGCAGCUGAUAAUGCAAUUUCAACUGCCAAUGCUGCUUCUGGGAUGGGUAUUUUAGUGAAGGGUAGACCAUUAAAAGUUUUUAAGGCUCUGGACAAGAAAUCAGCUCAUGAGAAAGAACUGGAGAAAGAAAAAAAUGAGGUUCAUGACCACCGCAAUCUUUACUUGGCAAAGGAGGGACUUAUUCUUGCCGGGACUCCAGCUGCUGAAGGGGUUUCAGCCAGUGAUAUGGCAAAACGUAAAGAUUUGGAAAGGAAAAAGAAGACGAAGCUUCAAUCUCCAAAUUUCCAUGUUUCAAAAACUAGACUUGUUAUCUACAACUUACCGAAGUCCAUGACUGAAAAACAACUAAAGAAGCUUUGCAUUGAUGCAGUCAUCUCUAGAGCUACCAAGCAAAAACCUGUAAUUCGACAGAUAAAGAUUUUAAAAGAUGGAAGGAAAGGAAAGGCUACUCAAGAAAAACAGUUUUCCCGUGGAGUUGCCUUUCUUGAAUUUUCAGAGCAUCAACAUGCCCUUGUUGCUUUGAGAGUUCUUAACAAUAAUCCUGAAACUUUUGGUCCUGAACAUCGGCCGAUUGUGGAGUUUGCGCUUGAUAAUGUUCAAACGUUGAAACUACGUAAUGCAAAGCUACAAUAUCAGCAGCAGGCUCCUCGUGAUGACAACAGAAACGAAAAUGAUAAACCCGACAAUGCAGGAGUUUACACACAUGGAGCCGACAGAAAACGAAAAUCUCAAGAGCAUGACAAACCAACAAAAGACUUGGGAUUGAAUUCAAAUAAUGAACAAGGCAGUAAAGUGGCAAAUGGAAAACCUCCUCAUGGAGACAAAUCCAAAAGACAGAAAGGCAACCAUAAGAGUACAAACACCGAUGUGUUAUCAUCGAAAGAAAGUCCAAAAGCUUCAGUGAGUAAGUUAAAGAAUAACCAAGAUGGCCAGAAUCACGGUGCUAAAUUACACGAAGGUAAAAAUACUGCCAUUGACAGUAAUAGUAGGAAAAUAUCAGGAAAGAAAGAUGACGCGGUAUAUGGAAAGAGGAAGAUGCAAAACCAAGAACAAGCAGGGGAAAAGGUUUCUAGGAAAAGGGCAAAGAAGAAUAAAGAUUCAAUAGGGAAGGACACAGUAGAUAAGCUUGACAUGCUUAUAGAACAAUAUAAAUCCAAGUUCUCACAAAAGGGUUCCCAAGGAAAUGAUGGUGAGAAAAAACCUCAACAGCUUAGAAAAUGGUACCAAUCAUAAUUUUGUUCUGAAAUGAAUUUUGACACUUGGUUGUUACAGAACUUCUUGUGAGCCUUCCUUGAGUUAUUUCAAGAUUUUUGGUCUAAUUUAUAAUGUAACAAAUAUUUAGCCUUUUUGUAAUAGCAAGUUAUGUCUUUGAGAUUUGAGAUGAUACCAAUGUAAUGUGUGGCAAAUAUUCGAAUUACUUA